CUGCGCGUUUUAUUUCACCUCCUUUACUUGACUACUUCUUACUAUCAUACAACAUGGCUUCCGACACGCUGAUACCUGACACGCGCGUGCUUGCGAUUGCCAGUCAUGUGGUCCAUGGCUAUGUUGGGAACAAAAUGGCCACUUUUGUCAUGCAAUCGCUAGGUUGCGACGUCUCUGCGAUCAAUACUGUGCACUACAGCAACCACACGGCGUACAAGCAAGUCAAAGGCACAAAGACAUCCGCUAGCGAAAUCCUCGAACUCUACGAGGGGCUACAGCAAGCGAACCUUACCAACUUCGACGUGCUCUUGACCGGAUACAUGCCCAGUGCCGAGGCCGUACAAACGAUAGGGACGAUUGGCAGAGACAUCAAGUUCAAUGCCGGCACGAAACCGGGCAGCUUCUUUUGGGUACUCGAUCCGGUCAUGGGCGACAAUGGCAAGCUGUAUAUUCCGGAAGAUGAAGUACCGGAGUACAAGGGACUGUUGCGCGAGGCGGAUCUCAUACUUCCGAACCAGUUCGAGGCCGAACUACUAUCCGAUACACCCAUUACCGAUCUCAAGUCCCUCGCAGCUGCCAUCCAAGUCCUCCACAAGACCUACCAAGUCCCCCAUGUAAUCAUAACGUCUCUACGCUUGACACGCGACAACCAGACUAUACCCUCGAGACCAGUGUCAAAAGCCGGCACUGGCACGCAUACUCCCUCAGACCCUCAGCACCUCGACGCAUCAACAUCCCACCCUUCAGCAUGGUCACAAUCACAAGCCCCCCAAAUCGACCUGAACGAAGUCGAAAACCUUACAAUCAUCGGCUCAACCGCAACCUCCGACUACAAACCCCGCCUCUUCCGUAUCGACACCCCGCAACUCCCGCUCUUUUUCUCAGGAACAGGAGAUAUGUUCGCCGCGCUCACAAUCCCCCGCCUCAUCGAAGCCGUACACGAUGCCUCCUCACCUGACUUCAAUCUUUCCGCAAAACCGAGCUGGCGCUCACCCGAUGAUGUGGCUGCGGAGGAACUGCCCUUGGCGAAGGCAUGUCAGAAGGUGCUUGCGUCCAUGCAAGCUAUACUGACUCGCACGACGUCUGCGUGUCAGGAGAAGAUGGCUGCGUAUGAUGCGCGUGCUGCGAAGGAAGGCCGUGGUGAGGGUGAUGAAGCGGAUGAAGAGAUUAGCAAGAAAAGGUAUCUGGCGCUUAUGAAUGCGAGUGAGGUUACGGUUCCGCGGUAUGUCAAGGAGAUGAUUGAUCCGCCGGAUCUUGAACGGUUCAGGCCACGGGCGGUAUCCGAGGGAGAGAGUGUGCCUGCGAAUGUUGGGGAGAGGAAGCCGGAUGAGUUGAAUGUGCUGCAUUUGGGCGUUGGGACGAAGGAUGGUGGGGCGAUGCAGGUGCUACAGUCAGGGACGCAGGCCAAGGUUGUUGGAGAGGGAGAGAAGAAGGACGCGGGUGAUUCAUGA